AAAUGGAAUUAUUAUAUAAAAAGAAUAAUACUAAAAAUAAAUUUCUAAUCUCGAAAGUAAAUAUCUGUCGACGAAGUAAAUACGAAACCAUGGCUGUAAAGGUUACUGACUUCCGGUUAGUGAAUUUUUUCCUCGUUCUUCAUCUUUUGCCGUUUCCGGUGUCGAGAGACAAAAGUUGGGAAUCGAGAUUCGUUGCCGUCGUUAAUUACUUUCCACUAAUUAAUUACCCACACACACACAACACACACACAGCGUUAUAUAUAUAUAUAGAUUAAGAUUGUAUUCGUUGGGCGAUGACGGAAACGGCUGGAAUGCUUUCCAUUGGGACUUACGGGGAGAAUUCGGACGAUGAAAACGAUGAGGAAGCCUUGAGCGACGAAGUUGACUCCCCGAGUCACCCUCAGCAUCACCACAACAACACCAACAACAACAACACCAUCACACCACCCGGCAAAGACAGCACAGAAGCCGUGGUGGCCGUCGACAAUAUUUCAGACGAUGAGAUUAGACCCGACAGCGAAGACAACAACAACAACAGCAACAAUGCCAUGAAUUCCGUGAAGUCUUCUUUGCUCGAUUUCAAAGACAAUCGAUCGGACGACGGAGCGAAAGACUACAAACUAAAGAAAGCCAAAAGAACAAGGCCAGAAAGUUUGGAGGAGGGGUCUAGUUCAACACAUCGACCCCAGUAUUCAACUGCUCGUUUAGUGUCCUAUGGCAAUGAUUUUGAAGAUAAAAGUGAAUCGGAGAAGGAAGAUAGUGAUGUCGACCCUGAUCCUGAGAAGUUCCUUGUCGUGAGUCAAGAUAAAGAUUCUAUAUUGAAACCAGAACAAGCCUCUUCUUUAUCUCGAAGUGUACAAAACAUGGCUGCUGAUGAGAUACAACUCCCACCAGAACCACCUGGUCGAUGUUCUCGAGCUUUACAGGAGAAAAUAGCCCAUCACUAUAACAAAAUGAAGCAAGAAGGUUGUAAUUUAAGUCUAAGCAUUCAGAAACGGAAGGGUUUUCGAAAUCCAAGUAUUUAUGAAAAAUUAAUUGAAUUCUGUCAAAUUAAUGAGAAAGGCACAAAUUACCCACCUGAAAUAUUUGAUCCUUUAGUCUGGGGUUCCGACUCUUUGUAUGAUUCCUUAGAUAAAAUGCAGAAACUGGACAUGGAGAAACGAGAGAAAGAACGCAAAGAAAGAACCAAAAUUGAGUUUGUAACAGGGACGAAGAAAUUGUCGACAGAAGGACCAGUUGAGAAGAAACGCAAGACAAAGUGGGAUGCCCAGCCGCAGGGUGUUGCCGCGGCACCAGCUGCUCUUGUGCGGCAACCAGUGGUCACAUCGGCAAUGUUAAAUGCAGCCAGGGGCGCCCUCACGACAGCAGUGACUGGCACAAAGAGUACGGUAAUUCCAGCCCUUGGUAAUAUCCUCAAGAGCAAAUGAAGACCUUCGCAUUCCAAGAUUGCAAACCUUGGAAUAUUCCUCACUAAACAGACUUCCUUCAGCACCCGUCUCUUUCCCUUCUACUCAUUCCUCUUUCUUUCUUUCAUGUUUGGAUGGAUGCACCGUAUUUUAAUGUGUAUAAGGAACCCCCUAAUUUUGGGGGUUUAAGAUUUGGAAAAAUGGUUUUGUAAGGGGUUAUAAUACUGUCCAUGUAUAAGAAACUCCCAUAUUUUUUUAACCUAAUUUUUGACAAAAAAGGGUUUCUAAUACAUGUUUGAAUUGGGUAAUUUUUUUUCCCCCUGAAAGGAGGGAACUGGGAGUUGGCCUGGUCCUUGCUAAAGGUACUUGAGAACCAGGUAGAAGCAAUGUAGGGGACUGACUCCUUUCCCUGCUAAUCAUUGACACCAGAGUAUAGCUGACACUUUUGUUGAUUUCUUUUUUUUUUUUACCCGCAGAUUUAAAACUAAUUACUACCAAACCAACCAGAGCAGGAUUUGAACCCCAAAAAUUGUGGAAGUCAAUUUGGUAACAACAUCAUAACAUCCUGGCUAACACCACAUGAUGUGGGGAUAUCUAUGUGGUUGCAUCGCCGGCUAGAAAUAGCAGCCAGAUAUCCCUCAAAUUGCUCCCUUACUAUCUCAGUACAGUAAGGACACAUUGAUGCAGUUCAUGACAAAAUAAGACAUGAUGGUCAUGGCUGGAAUAUCUUUGAUCAUUCAUCUGCUACAUUAGGGCUGACCUGUGGAUAAACAGCAAUUACAUCAACUAAUAUUAAUUACUAUAUUAUAUUGUAAAUAAUGUAGUCCUAGAUAUAGUGACUGAAUAGACAGGUUGGUCAUGGCUGGAAUAUGUUUAUGGUGUUUUUUUUUUUAAUAUCAUUUGUUUCAGUCAUUAGGCUGUGGCCAUACUGUAGCGCCGUUUUGAUGAACUUUAGUUGAAUGGAUUGGCUCCAGUCCUUUUUUUUUAUUUUAAAGUUUUGUUCUUAUUCUAUUGGUUCCUUUUGCUGAACUGCUAAGUUACCGUGACAUAGACACACCAACACCAGUUGUUAAGUGGUUGUGGAAGAUAAACACACAAACAUGCAUGCAAGCAAGAAAGCUGAAUUACCCAGUAAUACUUGGAAAACUGGGGGGUUGUUUCCAGUUCCUGUUUAAAUUACAAAUAGAUUUAGAAAUACACGGUGACAUAGAAUAGAUUCACAAAUACUGGCAAGUAAUACAGUUGAAUCAUAAGAUUGAUUGAUUGAAAUGGUCAGGUAAUAUCAAAGUGGAAUUGGUAGGUGGUUGGAAGAAUGAGAGGAUUGAUGAUGUGCAACUAUGAAACGGUUGAUGGUUGAUUAUUAUCAAUUUUGCAGAGCCUCUUGACAUACUACAUUUUUGGUGUUGCCCUCUGGAGCAUAAAAUAAACAAAUGAUUUGGAUUGUCGACGCUUGAGCAUCCUUCAUACAGCUAGCCAUGGGGGUGGGGAACAGGUUCUGCAAGGUUUAGGCCUACCAUGUCCAAGGACUGUCCUUGGGCCUUCUUUAUGGCCAUUGCAAAACUCAGUUGUACAGGAAAUUGUAGUCGCUUGAACUCAAAUGGGGUGUCUGUAGGAAUCAGAGGAAUUUGUGGUAUGAAGACAACCUCACCACUUGCUUUGCCAGUGAGAAUGGUUGACUCUAAGACUCUUGGCAUCAUCUUGUUGAUUGUAAGUCAUGUACCAUUGCGAAGCUUGGGUAAAUUCAGGUUUCUUAAAAGCAUGACUGGUGCACCAACCUCGAGGUGGGAGGCUUGCUGGUGCCAGGCUAUUCAAAAAUUCAGUGGGAUAGUUCACAACUUCAUCGGAGUUUAGCAGAGUCAACUGACUUGUAGCUGCAAUGCUCACCAGGAAGCUGAUCCAGGAGUUUGAUGUUCAGAUCAUCCACUGCACCUCUCGUGAGUUGUGUUGUGUCUCAGAUCUUGCAGUGCCCUGUCAAGAGCCUUGAAGGCACCCUUAGGCUCAUUGUUACCUCAUCCCAGAUGAUCAACUUGCACUCACUCAAGAGUUUACCUUUUAUUGUGCCAUGAUUGAUGUUGCCGGCUGCCUUCUCUCUCUUGGACAGGUCCAAAGGGAAGCUGAAUGACAAAUGGACUGUGCAGCCACCAUUUAGCCAGGUGGCAGCUAUUCCACUUGAGGCCACUGUUAGGGAAAUCUGUUUCAUUUGUUGAAUUUUAGUAAAUAGAAGGUUGAUAACAAAUGCCUCGUCAGUUCCACCCGGAGCAUCCAGGAAAAAUAGACUUCCCCUUUCGCCUUAAUCAAGUUAUAAGCAUCCCUUUGGUUCCCUAUCUGUCACUGCUUGUUAUCAGUAACAUAUGCUGUCAUUUGUUCGGUAUCAUAGUUGAUCUCCUGCAUGUACUCAAUUGCUAUCAGGCCAAAAGUGGCAAUUCCUUGGACUUGUGUGUCCAUGUCAAGUAGUGCCUCAUUGUAAAUUGCAUCAUUGAUGUUGAUAUUUUCGGCUGAGCUCCGUCUCUGAAUCCUGUGCAGGAUGUCCUCAGCCAGGCUUUCUUUGUGGGUCUCUCAACACAGUUGACUUGGCACUCUGCUAAUUGCUGCCUCCCCCAGUGUCUGAUGCCAGUGGCUAUCAUCCUCCAGUCGCCCAUGUUUGGAACAGGCUUCUCUGUAGGUCGUACUGACCUCUUCAUUGUACCUUCGCAGGUUUGUGAAUGAUGUAGGACCUCUGACAGUGUGCAGCAGCAGACACAAAGAUACGCUCCUACUGAUUGAGAUGCACAGUGUACAUCUGCCUGAUGGCCACGGUUCUGAAGACACGAUUCCCUUCCUAGCCCUCAAUUUGUGGUUCUUGCUUGCACCUGUUCCCUCUAUUGUGUGCUCAGGUGUAGUAGACAGGUAACUCAACAUACAGCAGUGUUCUUGUAAACAGGUCAAUCUGGCAUAGCUUGAAGAAAGCUGUCUGCGGGGUUUUGGGCAGUAUCUUCUGUAAAAUACACAUGCUGGCCAUUUUCAAGAUGAACAGCCAGAUUCACCGCUGUUGGAUGCUGCUCGCGAGUGUAGUGAGUGCUUUUUACGUGCCACCGGCACAGGUACCAGGGGAGUCUGGCAGUGGCCACAAUUGGUUGGUGCUUUUAACGUGCCACCAGCACGGAAGCCAGUCAUAUAUAUAUGUAAUACAUACACACACCUUAUAUAAGAAAUAACAAAACAGCAAGCAUGAGACUCACCAAAUCUGCAACUAGAUAAUCAAUGAAGCUUUCUUUCCUUUUCCCUUCGUCACAGUUUGCUGUCUUCUUCUUUGAGUUUCAUCAUUGGUCUCCAAUGCCGAAUCAAAGUAUGACCGUUUCGAAGGUCUUGAUGUGUUGUCCAAUGUCCGUCUGUCUAAAUCUGUUUUGUCCGUUUCUGUGUUUGAGUUUGGACAAGUGCCUUCCUUGAGAAGCUGCCCAACUAUAGCAAACGGCUGGUACACAACAUCGUUCACGUUUUUUGUCACCUACAAUAGGAGAGAUGCUGCAUGACCAUCAAUUUUUUUGCUGCCAUCAAACUUGCUCCAUGAGACCUGUUGUUUGUCGGAAUCCGGUGGCAUAUUUUGUUUGUCAGAAUUUUCAGAUUUGGUAUACUGAAAUAAUUAACCACUUUAAAUCCAAUUUUGUUAUAAGUAUUAAAACUUACUCUUGCCUUCAGAAAACACAUUUUCUGAAAUAUUUUACCUUUCACUUGUUAUCAGAGACUGAUAAAAAACGGACAGGUGUCAGUUUGUUCAGUGUAACAUCUGUCGUUGGACAUAUUGUAAAAGUUUUGACUGAGUUGAUUCACUAAAACAUAUGCGUUGGGAUAGGAAGAAAUGAAAGAACAAAGCAUUAAAAUUCGCUCUUCCCUUCAGAUGGAAACUGGAAGAAGCCCAUGUGUGUGUGUGUCUCUCUGUUCCCUCACUGCUUGACACUCCUGUAACUUAGCAGUUUGGCAAAAGAGACUGGUAAAAAUGUACUGGUGUCAAUUUGUUCAAUUAAAACCCUUAAAGUGAUGCCCCAGUGUGGCCACAGUCCAAUGAUUAAAACAAAUAAUCUGUAAAGCCUUGUGUUAUAUGACUUUAAAUAUGGUCAGAGGUCACCAUGAAGAUUUGGGUAUGGUCAGAGGUCACUAUUAUCUGUUGCCUAAGUGUCUGAGGUCAAAGUUCACUAUAUUUUUCCCAGUUGGUGCGUCUGAGAAAGUGAAGAAUUUUCUGCAUAUAAUCAUAAAAAUAUAUUCAUCUCCAAGUGUUUCCAAUUCCAUCCCACCCCGUCUCUUGUGUUCAUCUUGGAUGCUGAAAGACUGAGUUUGUAAAUAUUGUAAAUAAACUUCUACUUUCUUAAAUUA